AUGUCUAAGAGAGGUCGUGGUGGAGCUUCAGGAGCUAAAUUCCGUGUUACACUUGGUCUUCCAGUUGGAGCUGUAAUUAAUUGUGCCGAUAACUCUGGAGCCAAAAAUUUAUUCGUCAUUGCUGUUUACGGUAUCCGUGGACGUUUAAAUAGAUUACCAAGUGCUGGUGUUGGAGAUAUGUUUGUUGCUUCAGUCAAGAAGGGUAAACCAGAAUUGAGAAAGAAGGUCUUACAAGCUGUUGUUAUUAGACAACGUAAACAAUACCGUAGAAAAGAUGGUACUGUUCUUUAUUUUGAAGACAAUGCUGGAGUUAUUGUUAACAAUAAAGGAGAAAUGAAAGGAUCAGCUAUUACCGGACCGGUUGCUAAAGAAUGCGCAGAUUUAUGGCCAAGAAUUGCCUCAAAUGCCGGAUCUGUUGCUUAA